CCUAUUUCAGUCCACACUGACGUAGACACUCUUCUGGCUAAAUGUCUAUCCUAAUGUUAACCCGUAGCCCUUGAUUCUUUUACCCAAGUGCUUUCUUAGUGUCGGUGUUGGGAGCAGAAGGCUGUCCCCCCUCCCCGUGGAACUUUCUAUCUCUACGGAGUUCACUGAAGACCGAACUCGCAGUGUGGGGGAUACUAGCUAGAAAUUUUGAUUUCUGGCUUGAAAUUUCGCUUUUCAUCAUAACCAUUCAAACUAGGGAACGUUGGGGAUACGGGUUAUACAUUUAACCACAGCGCAUGAGCCGUAGGUGACAAUUUAAGAGGAUACUGUAAAAUCCGUGCAAUGGAUCUUGCACACUGCAAGCCCGUCGAAGAGGUUGCGGCGCAUUUUAGCGUCGAUGAAACCGUCGGCCUCCAAGAUGAUGCUAUCAAGAAGUCAUUAGAAAAGUUUGGACCAAACGAAUUGCCGGCAGAAGAAGGCAAACCGCUGUGGGAACUUAUUCUUGAACAAUUCGACGAUCUUUUAGUCAAGAUUCUUCUAUUAGCAGCUAUUAUAUCAUUUGUUUUAGCUUGGUUUGAAGAGAAUGAAGAGCAAGUGACAGCCUUCGUAGAACCAUUUGUUAUAUUAACCAUUUUAAUAGCCAAUGCAGUAGUGGGCGUGUGGCAGGAGCGUAAUGCAGAAGAUGCUAUUGAGGCUCUUAAGGAGUAUGAGCCUGAAAUCGCCAAAGUCUACCGCCAGAACCACCGUGGUAUUCAGAGAAUCAAAGCCAGAAACCUCGUUCCUGGUGAUAUUGUUGAGGUGUCAGUCGGUGACAAGGUGCCUGCUGAUAUUCGUAUUACCGCUGUCCAUUCCACCACUUUGAGAGUUGACCAGGCUAUCCUCACUGGUGAAUCUGUGAGUGUUCUGAAACACACCGACCCAAUCCCCGACCCCCGCGCUGUGAACCAGGACAAGAAGAACAUCCUUUUCUCUGGAACCAAUAUUGCUGCUGGAAAAUGCCGUGGUAUUUGCAUUGGAACUGGAUUAAACACUGAAAUUGGCAAGAUCCGUAACGAGAUGAUGGACACGGAGACUGAGAAGACUCCCCUGCAACAGAAACUGGACGAGUUCUCCAACCAGCUGUCCAAGGUCAUCACUGUUAUCUGCGUGGCUGUAUGGGCCAUCAACAUCGGUCACUUCAACGACCCCGCUCACGGUGGAUCAUGGAUCAAGGGCGCCAUCUACUACUUCAAGAUCGCUGUUGCCUUGGCUGUGGCUGCCAUUCCUGAGGGUCUGCCUGCUGUCAUCACCACCUGUCUUGCUCUUGGUACCAGGAGAAUGGCCAAGAAGAACGCUAUUGUGAGGAGUCUGCCGUCCGUGGAGACACUCGGCUGCACGUCCGUUAUCUGCUCUGACAAGACUGGCACACUCACAACCAAUCAGAUGUCUGUUUGCAAGAUGUUUGUGUUCAGCAAGGUAGAAGGCAACGAUAUCCAGACUUCCCAGUUCGAGAUCACCGGAUCAACAUAUGCCCCUGAGGGUGAAGUGUUCUUCCAGUCCAAGAAGAUCCGCACCUCCGACUACCCCGGCCUGGAGGAGAUGGCCACCAUCUGCGGCAUGUGCAACGACUCCAGCGUCGACUACAAUGAUGCCAAGAACCAGUAUGAGAAGGUAGGCGAGGCCACGGAGACCGCCCUGACCGUGCUCACAGAGAAGAUGAACGUCUACAACACCGACAAGUCCGGACUCAACAAGCGUGAGGCUGGCGUCGCCUGCAACCAGGUCAUCCAGAACAUGUGGAAGAAGGAGUUCACCCUGGAGUUCUCACGGGACCGCAAGUCCAUGAGUGUGUACUGCGUCCCCAACAAGCCCACCAGGCAACCAGGAGGCACUCGCAUGUUCUGCAAGGGAGCACCCGAGGGUCUGCUUGACCGCUGUACCCAUGUCCGUGUCGGAGGAAACAAGGUCCCCAUGUCCUCCGCCAUCAAGAGCGAGAUCCUGAAGCACACGAAGGCCUACGGAACAGGACGGGACACGCUGCGUUGCCUGGCCCUGGCCACCAUCGACAACCCACCCCGCCGCGAGGACAUGGACCUGGAAGACUCCCGCAAGUUCAUCCAGUAUGAGACAAACAUGACCUUCGUUGGUAUUGUUGGUAUGUUGGACCCCCCUCGUACUGAGGUACUCACCUCGAUCAACGACUGCCGUAACGCUGGUAUCCGUGUCAUCGUCAUCACCGGCGACAACAAGGCUACUGCUGAAGCUAUCUGCCGCAGAAUCGGAGUGUUCAAGGAGAAUGAAUCGACAGAGGGAUUGUCCUUCACUGGCCGUGAGUUUGAUGACCUCGCCCCUGAAGACCAGAGAGCUGCUGUCAUGAGAGCUCGUCUUUUCGCCCGUGUUGAACCUGCUCACAAGUCCAAGAUCAUAGAGUACUUGCAAGGAGAGGGAGAAAUCUCGGCUAUGACUGGUGAUGGUGUGAAUGAUGCUCCUGCUCUGAAGAAAGCUGAGAUUGGUAUUGCCAUGGGUUCUGGAACUGCUGUCGCAAAGAGUGCUUCUGAGAUGGUGCUGGCUGAUGACAACUUUUCGACCAUUGUGGCUGCAGUUGAGGAAGGUCGCGCCAUCUACAACAACAUGAAGCAGUUCAUCCGUUACCUCAUCUCGUCCAACAUUGGUGAAGUGGUCUGCAUCUUCUUGACUGCUGCUCUGGGUAUCCCCGAGGCUCUGAUCCCCGUACAGCUGCUGUGGGUCAACUUGGUGACUGACGGUUUCCCCGCCACCGCCCUCGGAUUCAACCCCCCAGACUUGGACAUCAUGAAGAGACCCCCCAGGAACCCCAAGGAAGGCCUCAUCACUGGCUGGCUGUUCUUCCGCUACAUGGCUAUUGGAAUCUACGUUGGUUGUGCGACUGUUGGUGCCGCUGCCUGGUGGUUCAUGCUGUACGACAAGGGCCCCGGACUCAACUACUACCAACUGACACAUCACAUGCAGUGCCCCGCCGAGCCCAGGAUGUUCCCGGGCGUAGACUGCAAUGUAUUUAACGAUCCUCAUCCAAUGACUAUGGCUCUAUCAGUAUUAGUCACAAUUGAGAUGCUUAAUGCAUUGAACAGCUUGAGUGAGAACCAGUCCCUCGUGGUCAUGCCUCCAUGGUCCAACAAGUGGCUCAUGUUCGCCAUCGGACUCUCCAUGUUCUUGCACUUCUUCAUCCUCUAUGUCGACUUCAUGUCGGUGAUUUUCCAGAUCACACCACUUAACGUUGAGGAGUGGGUUGCAGUUAUGAAGAUAUCUAUACCCGUCAUCCUACUGGAUGAAACACUCAAGUUCGUCGCCAGAAAAUUCGCUGAUGGUAAAAACUUCCUAUUUGACCUGUAUGCGCCAAUUCUAAUGUGGGCUAUUUAUAUUGGACUCGUAAUCAUCUGUCCAUUAUGAUGACUGUGUUAGCAGAUCUACCGAGGGGCGUGGUGUGAGAUGUGCCCGUCGUGAGGUGGGGCGUAGUGUGAUUCGCCCGCCCACCCUGAAUGCUAUUGUUUACCUGGGGUUUGCUUCCUACCCACCCUUGUUCCAAGCUCGAACAACUCUGUAACACUGUGUUCUCUCCCUGCUGUUUGAUUGGUUGAGACCCAAAUGCAGUUACCAUAACAACAAGGGGAAUAACUGGCGGGGUAUAUUUUCAAAAAUUUACUUCGUCAUUUGACGUAAUCCCAUUUUAUUACAAUACUGUGUUUUAAACAUUUCAUCUUUGUCUAGUUGAUGGUAACUGUGUUUCAAGGAGUUGUACAUUAGGGGCAUGUCUCGAUACAGUUAAUAAUAAAAAUACCAUUCACAGAUAUAUAUUUGAAAUUGAAACCUUCAUAUGCUUUGACUCAAUUAGAAAGCAUAUUUGAGCAUCGUCUGGAAACAUCACGUACAUUCCAUAUGCAAAAUAUAAAUCAUUAAUGAAAGACGAUGAGAAAUCGGGUAAAAUGGUUUCACAGGGUCGUAUCAUUGCAUGCCCCGACUGUAGAGCUGUGUUUUUGUUGGAGUGUGGUAGGAAUAUAGUAUAAUGAUCUGAAUGGCUGCCGUGCUCCCUCGCCGCACACAGUGACAUCGUGAGGCAUCACGCAUAGCCAUGCCUAAGUCUGCGUGGUGUGGAAGGAAUGGCGUUUUUUAGUUGAUUUUACUCUUGUAUGUAAAUUAUUCUUUGAGAAAGACUGUACAGUGUACUGUUAACUUCUUGGUACUUGUUAUGACCAAUUUGUACAAAUGAAUUCUGGGUAGAGAUUGUGAUUUUUUAAAGCGUUUAUUUGCUCUAACCAAGAUGUGUAGAGAUUGGUGUGUUUCUUAGUGAACGUGAGAAUGGUCUGUUUUGUUCGUCAUUGUCAUAAGUCUCAUCUGUUUGCAAUAUGUUCAUAAACAUUCUCAUUCAACAAAUAUACAUCUGUGAUCGUUAAAUGUAAAGAUCUUUAUUUCUGUAUUUCCGAAGUGUCCACAUUUCAUGUCUACCCAUUAUACAACUUGGUUGGGGCAGCAAAUCUCUGACCACUUCUUCAAUUUAGGAGCUCUGAUGAUGAUAUAUCCGACAAGUUUCCACCCAUUGAAUCAUUUUAGAAUAUUUUCAAAAGAAAAUCAACAAUCAUUUAUAAGAAAUAACACCAAAAAUUAAUGAUCAAUUUUGUAAGUUUUCAUCAGCCAUGUUCCAUUUUCAAAAAUAUUUCUGAAGUAUUUAUUAUCCAUUUUGAUCAUUUCACAAAAAGGCUUUUCAUACUCGUCAUUGUUAGAUGUUGGAUAUAUUUUAGGGAAUUCUAGACUUGGCAAUGUUCAUGUUAUUCAACUGCUUGAUUUAUCAUCAUUGAGACUUGAAGGCUGUGGCAGGGAUGAAUGUAAUGUUGUCUAGAUGGUUACCAUGGUUAUGACACAUCAUGUAUAACACUGGUACGGGGAUUUCAUCCUUUUCUUUCAAAUAUCUUUCCAAACUUUGGCCUCCUUCAGUUAUGGCAGACUAACAGUGGUAAUUAGUAAUUGAUAAGUAUUUAGAAUUAAACUAUUUUUGCUGUGUAGGUGUGUUUUUACUGCUACCAUAAAAUGGAUUUAUCAGGAAGUAUUUGAACAGUUUUAAGUGGUACACAGUGAUGUUUAGGUCCUUGUCAGGAGAUGGUGCCAACAGCAAUAGUCAUAAUAGUAGACACUGCACACUUAACGUGAUGAGAUCUGUUACAAAACCAAACUUGCUAUGCAAUACUUUUUAUUUUGUCACUCAUUUGGGGCACAAAUAGAUAACAAGUAUAUAAGGUGAGUCAUUAUCUGACACAGGUCGAAAUUUCCAAAGAUCACUUGGUGAGAAAUGAUUGUCCAAACAAUGCGAUCCAGUUAUCCAUUGAGUGUACAAGUUGUAUGUUUAUUUAUUAACCAGAUUUUUCUAAUGUCAACAUGGACAAUAAUUUCUCAUGUGUGCAAGUAAAGAAUGACCUCAAGUUGACCUAGUUUCUGCUUGUCCUACUCUCUAACCCAGUCCAUAUUACCAGCAUUUCCGUCUAUUUAUUUCCGUUACCAUGGUUACUCAAUAUCCCCUGGCAUUGAAUGCAAAUUUCACUGGAUGCAAAUAAUCAUGAAUUUUGUAAAUACUCAUUUACCCUAUCAUACAGAGUAUUUAAUAUAUUGUCAGACGAGCUUUAACGCGGGCCUAUGACUGUAAAUAGCAAGCUAGGACCUAGGAUACCAUACUUGAAGGUUAAGGGGCCCUGGCCGCCGGAUGUUUACCUGCCUCCGCAGCCAACGCUUGUAGUCUCGAACCAGCUGUCUAGUGACUUUGUUUGAGUAGAAACCUUAGAUUGCGCUCACGUGCCGUCUUUCUUGCAUGAGGAAAGACACCACCUUGUCAUAACAUGUUGUACAGAAAUAAAGACAUUCUUUUGACUGGAUACUG